AUGAACGCCGCCUCGCCGAGGAGACGCGCCGCGCUGGCCCCCCUCGACGCGAACGCCGCGACCACGACGCCUCCCCCCUCGACGACCGGCAAGCCUCACGCGAGCGGCGACUAUACCACUGCACCGUCCACCAAGCCGACGCCUCUGCAUGCGAUGCGGAAGUCGUCGAGCGGCAGCCUGCUGCUGUCUUCCGCUCCCGCGCUGCCUCCACCGACGACGGCCCGCGCCGCCGCCGUCGGCAGCACGCCGUCGGUGGGCGGCAAGAAGCGCCCCGGGACGGACGGCAAGGACGCCGGCCAAGAUCAGCAGGCUGUCAAGAAGAGCAAGCUGGAUCACGAGCGCGACGAUGACCGUGUGCCCGAGUCGACGCAGAGCUCCACGACCACGAAUGUGACGAACGUGACGACUUCGUCCUCCGCGACGGCCGUGGCUGCUGCCGGGCGUAGCAGGACACAUAGCCCAGACGUCAGCUCCCUGUUCGACUCGGCCGAGGCCGACUCCACGUGGGCCACGACAACCACGGAGCCCGACCCCGUCGCGCCCGUCAUCGUCCCCGCGAUACCUCGCCCCAACACCAGAGUCGAGAUUCUGAGACUGCGCCUCGGACUGGCCAGCUACAAGCUCCGCACGGGGCAGGUUGACGUGCCCCUCGCCGACCUCCAGCCGCGACGGCUCCCACCCGUCGGGACCCCGCCACCGCCGGCGAUAGUGAGGAACGCGGCAGAGCAGCGUGAGCGAGAGGAGGACGAAGUGGUGGAGGAAACGCCGCCGUCGACUCAGGAAUCCGCUCCGGCACCGGCGGCGGCCGUUGCGGCCUUGGCGACCAUGGCGUCGCGGUGA